AUGUUCCUGCGACUGCCUAAAGAUGGGUGGAGGUUGGCUUCGACUAGUUCUGGUUGGCGGAGCUUGUGUUUCUGGUGGGCUGAGGGUUUGCCGGGGACUGUAAUUCGGCAGGAUACCAUUGUUGCAGUGUCGGCAGUUUUCCUUGCUUCUCUCACGCAGUGCAUGACCGGAAGCCCAGCGGCAAAAAGAGUCCUGUUCUUUUUCUUGACUGUCCUUCAGCAGCAUUUAGUCACUCUCAUAUCCAGCGUACGCUGGACAGUUUCUUGGAGGGUGCUUGGCACAGCCCUUGUCAUGACUGAACGCAAGCAAGAGAAGCCGAACAGCAGCAAUGAGUCGAAGCAGCACUGA